AACUUAUCCCAGUUUGUGCUUAAGGGUUUUUAUUGUGCCGAGCAUUGUGUUGUUGUGAGAUAUGAGCUCGGUAGAAUGUUCUUGCUGCAGGUUUUCCAGCUUAGGUGAGAUGGGUACCAUUUGAGAUUUGAUGUAAGCAAAUAUAAACUGGAGUUCAACAGAUUGUUUUGCUGUUGAUGAUUCUGGCUCUGUCAGUUCCGUGUAGUCAGACGUUCCUGCUUGCGUCCAGAAGAGGUUACCCAUACUCUCCGCAUCAUUGCUCGUUGAGACUUCCUUUCAAUUCCUGCGGAAAGGUGGCGCUGUUCUCCAGGCGUGAAAUUUCCUAAUAUAGACCUUGCUCGCUCUCCAAUCGGUGAUCACGGCAGUGGUGAGGAUCAUUUAGACUGGGGGGUAGGAGUUCGUUUGAGAUUGCAAGGCAAAAACUGAUGGAGUUUCCUCGGAGUUUUGCGAGGGGAACUAACAUGAGACGAAAGUAGGUUGGUUCUUCAGAAUUCCUGAUGAAUGUCACACGAAGUUCGACCUGACGUUCAAGGUUUUCUAUUUCGUGGACUUCACUCUAACCGUGGCGCUUGUUCUGAUGCUAUUUAUGAUUUGUGUGAGGAUUCCAGAAAGCUGCGGUUGGACUCGAUGUACUAAACCGGCUAAUGCUUCUAUUGUGUUAAGCUGAGAAACAAUUAGACUAACUGCGACCACGGAGCAAGGCAUGAAAUGCCGUGAAUGUGGACACUUUUUACUGUUGUGACGGCGUUGGCGAAGGUGGGGUUGUAAGGAGGGGCGCAGCAGGAAGGCGAUGGGGGGUGUAUGGGCGAAUCGGUUGAUCGGGGAUUACAAUUGGCGAUUCUUGUGCAUGCCAACUCCACCAUGGCAGUAUGAUCGACCUUUGCCCCCCUUCUACGGCAAAGACGACAAGCUCUCCUUGCUGAUUGCUGUUGUCAUGGGCGUCCAACAUGCUCUUGCCAUGGUGGGAGGAAUCAUCUCUCCGCCACUAUUGAUUUCCAUGACUGGUUUUAAACCGGAGAACCAAGCAUAUCUGGUCUCCGCGGCGCUGAUAGUUGCGGCCAUUGCUUCGUUCAUCCAGGUGAUGCAAAUUAAGAUACCUGGGACACGGUACGUCAUAGGCUCAGGCUUGCUAUCGGUGAUGGGCGUAUCCUUCUCCUUCGUUCCCGUUGCCCAGCAGGUGAUCACAACCCUCAGUCAGUGCGCUUGCGAUGGAGAGCCAUGCACCUUCGAAGGCACAUGUGUGGCGUGUACCAGCCCUCUCGUCGGAAAAUGCCAUACGCCUGAGGAGGCCUACGGCAAAGUCCUUGGCACUCUUCUGGUUUGCUGCUUCUUCCAGAUGGCCAUAUCGUUUGUCUCGUCCAGAGUGCUACGCCGCGUCUUCCCCCCAGUGGUUACAGGAACCUGUCUUGUGCUUCUCGGAGCCGCGCUUAUUGGCUCCGGGUUCCAGAAUUGGGGAGGAGGCGUCUACUGCAGCAGCCAGGUGUUGACCACCAGGGUACCUUGCACUGGAAAUGGAGAAGUGGUGCUGCCUUUUGGACAUCGCGCCUACUUGGGACUUGGGCUGGUUGUUUUCUUCUCAAUAAUCUUCGCGGAAAUGUUUGGUUCCCCGUUUAUUCGGAACACGGAAGUUGUCGUUGGGUUGCUUGUGGGUAUGAUUGUUGCGUCCAACGUCCACUACACAGAUUGCAUCGAGGGUGUCUGCACUACAAAACGAUAUGUAACGGGGAAGCAGAUCGCAGAUGCUAAAUGGAUGACCUUUUUAUGGAUGCGACGGUUUCCGCUGGGUUUCUACGGACCUGCCGUGUUACCCAUGUUGUUCGCUUUCAUGGUCACCACGAUGGAGUGCAUCGGAGACAUCACCGCUACCACUGAAGCCAGUCACCUCGAACCUGUCGGAGAGAAAUUCGAGCAACGCAUCCAGGGAGCCGUUUUGGCUGACGGGAUGAACUCCUUCCUCGGAGCCUUAGGAACGAUCACACCCGUCACCACAUACGCGCAGAACAACGGCGUUCUGUCUCUUUCUCGAUGCGCUUCUCGGUACGCAGGAUACGCCUGCUGUGGGUGGCUCUUUGUAAUCGGCAUUGUCGGGAAAUUUGCAGCCAUCAUCUUGACAAUUCCCAACUGUGUCCUGGGCGGCAUGACUACUUUCCUCUUCACGGGGGUAGUGGUCUCCGGCAUUCAUGUGCUCAACUUUGGAGAAGGACUGAACAGGCGGAAUCGGUUUAUCGCUAUUAUGGCCAUCGGAGUUGGAAUGGGAGUCACUCUCGUCCCUGCUUGGGCCAAUAUUACUGGACAGGCUGCAUAUCCCUUUGAAGGAAAUUUUUGGCCGGUGAAUCCCGCCUGGUCUCCAAGCUUCCGAGGGUUUAGGGACUCGCUCAUCAUCGUCCUCACGAAUGGAUUCUCAAUCGGGGGACUAAUCGCUAUGGUUCUGAACCUCCUCUUACCUUUCGAUAAGGAUGAUGCGCACGUCGGUGCAGGUUAGAUGCCGACGACAAUGCGAUCGAAAAGGAGUACACAACACUUGGUGAAUCAUAGAGUGAGCAGGCAAGAAACUAGUUUGCAAUUUGUUUGCUUGAAGUUGCGCCAGAUACACAUGAUGAAACCUGCUGCGGAGUCAAUGGUACUAGGUUUUAUUAUUGAACAUUUCUUUGGAUUAUUUCAAUCCAUGUAUAUUGGGCUGUCGCAGCUACCUUAUAAUUGUAUCAUACUAGGCUUCUGUAUCCGUUCCAGGAGUCUCGGUUUCGACAACUAUGAUCAAA